CGCAACCUCCAGUUCCACCACCCCCAAGCUCACAAUGCAGAUAUCCCUCUGAAAGCAAUGCGGAUAGUGUUCAAGGCAUGCCGACGCCUCCUGGUAAUAGCGAUCAACAGCUGAAACCGCCCCAAGCAUGGAGGCAGACUGGGACGAGCUUGCGUUCGUCCAACUGCCACCUCCCAAUCCCCACCACUCCGCGACACAAGUAACCGCCUUCGCUUUCGAUACCUCACAGGAACUAUUGUGGACCGGCAAUGACUUUGGCCGAGUCACCUCUUUCUAUGGCCCUGGACUAGAACGCUAUACAUCCUACCGUGGCCAUGCGCCAACCGAAGGUGCCAUCAAGCAGUUUCUCUUCACCGAAAAAGGAGUCCUUUCGCUUUCUAAACACAGCCUACAUUACUCAAUUCGAAGAGGCCUGACGCAGUGGCAUCUGGUCAAUAACGACUUCAAAGACCUGAAAUGUAUGAAUUUUACAUCCAAGGGAACGAGAGAGAUCUUGGUAGCAGGAUGCCAGGAAAACAUGUUCAAGAUCGACGUGGAGAAGGGGACAAUAACGGAUACGCUCGUGGGCGAUGCGCAAUAUACCAUAAUGAAAAGGGCUGGCCAGUACAUUUGCGCCGCUACUUUGAACGGAUCUAUACAUAUUCUUGACUCCGGUAGCUUGACUGUCAUUAAGGUCUUUGAAGGACAUAUUGGCAGUAUCAAUGACAUGGAUGCCAAAGGCGAUUUUCUUGCAACAUGCGGCUGGUCGCCCAGACAGCAGUAUGGCUUUAUGCUGGAUCCAUUUACCAAUGUUUUUUCAUUGAAGACUCUGAAACAGCUGCCACCAAUACCUUUCCAUACGGGCGCCGCUUUUGUUCGAAUGCAUCCUCGAAUGUCCACAACAGCCAUCAUCUCGUCUCAAAACGGUCAGAUACAAGUAAUAGACAUCAUGAACUCCGACUCUGCGAAUCUGCGACAAUUGAAUCUAUACGAUUCCUAUUUGACUGGAUUCGAAGUUGCACCUUCAGGCGAAGCUUUUGCCUUGUCAGACACAAGCUUCAACAUUCGCCUCUGGGGGUCGCCUUCAAAGGUUCAUUUUCCGGAGUACAGCAAUCCCACUGAAUUCGCCGACCCCGCCAUACCCCCUCCCUCCAUGGACUGGUCACUUGACACGCCUCUAAGCACCAUCGGGAUGCCCUAUUAUAAGGAGCAUUUGUUGUCAGGCUGGCCAAGCCACAUGGUCUUUGAAGUUGGUGCGCCCAGUCCAAAGAUUGACAACACAAUCUUAAAUAAUAUGACACGUACGGAGAUGGGUUUCUUUGCUAAAAAUCCCCGUUCUAAACGACGAUAUCAAGUCGAGGACACCCGCCAGGCGGACCGUGGCAAUGAGUCAUUGAGUGCGCCAAAAUUUCUAAGUGAGAAGGCUCGGGCAGCACAAUCCUCAAAUGAUGUGGAAUCAAAGACGGCUGAAACCAUGGAGACCCUCACUGACAUGCAUCUUGACGAUGUUACCCGCAAGGAAGUUCCUGCAAUGUAUGGGAACGUCGAGAUCAAAUACAGCAAAUUUGGCGUAGAUGAUUUCGAUUUUGCUUAUUACAAUCAAACAUCCUACUCUGGUUUGGAGACACACAUCGCAAACUCCUACGCGAACCCACUUCUGCAGUUAUGCAGAUUCACGCCCAUGAUUCGAAACCUUGCCCUGCGACAUACGGCAUCACCAUGCCUGUUUGAGACUUGCCUCCUCUGUGAACUUGGCUUUCUCAUUGAUAUGCUCGAGAAAGCUUCCGGCUUGAACUGUCAAGCAUCGAAUUUCCUCAAGACCUUCAGUGGCCUAUCGACUGCAGCAUCUCUCAACCUCCUCGAGGAGUUCGCGCCCAAUGUGGCCCUCACGAACCUCAUUCAAAAUUUCAACAGAUUCCUGCUGGAGAAGAUAUCCGAGGAGUUUCGCCGUUUGAUGCCCAACCCUAGUGGUCCGACAUUGAUGGACCAGGUACUAGAAACCCAGGCUAGGGCCAGUAUGCGAUGCGCCCAGUGUGCCAACGAGACCGUCAGAGGAGGCAAGACCUUUGUAAACGAGUUGGUGUAUCCGGCAAAGCAUGUCUUGAAGAGUUCACGUGGUCCGCGACCGACUUUCUCGCAGAUAUUGAAAGCAAGUGUUGAACGACAAGAUCAGACCAGAGGCUGGUGCAACAAAUGCAACCGAUACCAACAGAUGGUGCAGAGAAAAACUAUUCACUCGAUUCCGGGGGUUCUCAUGCUAAACGCUGCUAUCCAAGGUCAAGAAGCUAAGGUGUUAUGGUCCAUCCCGAAUUGGCUACCGCAGGAGAUAGGCAUCAUUGUCGAUCAAGGCCAAUUCUAUUGUUUCGAGGGCCAAGACCUCAAGCUGCAUUUACAGCGUGGUGUCUUCAACAUCAUGGUGUACGAACUCGUAGGCGUGGUUGCAGACAUCAACAGUGGAGAACAUCAGAAGCCCCAUUUGGUAGCGACUAUUAACACCGCACCGUCUUCCAGAGAAGGAACCACAGAAGAUAAGUGGCAUCUGUUCAACGACUUCUUAGUCCGGCAAAUACCAAAGGAGGAAGCUCUUCGCUUUGAUCCUAGUUGGAAGUUGCCAUCGGUGCUCACAUUCCAACUGAAGGCUGCACGGCACUCCAUAGAUGACACAUGGAAGGACAACCUCGACACGCAAAUCCUGUAUCGAUGGUGGUCGUCUAACCCCGAACCACCGGAUUCGAAAUUCAAGCUGCUGGAUUCCGCGACCGAGGUUCCGGAGCCUGGCUACCCUGUGGCGAUUGAUGCUGAGUUUAUUCGGCUUCAGUCCGAGGAGAUCGAGAUGAAGGCCGAUGGCACCCGUGAGACGAUUCGCCCGGAUCGUAAAGGACUCGCUCGUGUCUCUGUCUGCCGAGGGUUAGGCGAGUCUGCGGGCCUACCUUUCAUCGAUGACUAUAUCGCAGUCGCAGAGCCUGUUGUUGACUAUCUCACAGCAUGGUCAGGUAUCUCGCCCGGCGAUCUUGACCGCAACACUUCGCCGCAUGCUCUUGUCAGUCUCAAGCAUGCGUACAAGAAGCUCUGGUUACUGCUUAACCUAGGAUGCGUAUUUGUCGGACACAGUCUCGCCAAUGAUUUCCGAACAAUCAACAUCCACGUUCCGAAGAAACAAGUUGUUGAUACGGUGGACCUUUUCUUCAAGCCAUCCCUCCAUCGCAAACUUAAUCUUAAGUUCCUUGCUUGGUGUGUUCUUAAGGAGAGCAUCCAGCAGGACACUCAUGACUCUAUCGAGGACGCAACAACAGCCCUCAAACUGUGGCGCAAGUACGAAGAGUUUGUAGAUGCAGGUGUACUAGAGCCAAUGCUUAACGACAUCUAUGCCACCGGUAGAGAAUAUGGGUUCAGAGCUCCAGGAAGUGGAAAUGGCAAAGAUAAGACACCAAGCGCUGCAAGUGGUACUGGAAGAGACACACCUGAGCCUGGGUCGGCAGAGCGAGUAGCUCCAGUAACGCCAGCUAGGAAGGCAAAUACCUUUGGCCGCGUAGGGUUUAGGAGUCCGAUGCAGUGAUUUCAAUUGCUCUGUGGGCUAAAGAAGGUUGGGGCUACCUUGAUGAGGGUGAGAAACAUUUUGGUGUUGGGAGAUAUGAUGGUAUGAUAGAAAUUCUUCAGAAAACUUAUUGUUGACAUAAAUCAUGAAUGAUCAGUACCU